AGCCAAACAAUUGGUGUUUGAUAACAGCCGCCGACCGCCGCGCCGCAACAAACGCUCUACAUACCCUCGCGAGCCAUCACUACACAACUAAGUAUGUCGCAGUUCGCGGGACAGAUGUUCGCGGGUUUGAAGGCAGCGUUGGCGCCAACAAAACUUCGCUACCUGUUCUUUUGUAUCACUGUUUUUGGUAUCAUUUAUUUUCUUUACAUCAGCAACGUAGCACGUGUACUAAGAACUAAAAGUUUCAUACCGGGUGGCAGGAGGAGCCCACAUAUCAGAGAUGAUUCCGAGAGAUUCACCAUAAAUACGGCCGGCUGCUCUAUACCGUACUUGGAUCCAUACGACGAGACCGUCAAACAGUUCGCCAAGUUUCCUCAGCUAGACGAAGUAUGUCCGAAUGCCACCAUAUCUUACCUGGGUGACAACGAAACUCACAUUUGGGUGAAAGAAGAGAACAAGCAACUCUACAAUUUGAGUGACUCGGGCGAUACAAUUUGUUGCUACCAGCCGUUUUAUAGACCUUUAUCGGUAAAAGACGUAACGUCUACCCACAAUGAUGAUCGAGUACAAUAUGAUAAUUGUACAUUUUUUACCGACGUCAUUGAGGCAAGGGAUGAAUUCGUCAGAGUGACGUGCAGUUCUAACACCACUGAGCCGUUCUAUACGCAGUACUACUUGUUCGCGCUGAAGAAGGACCCUCCCGCUAGCUCCGAAGUUAAAACCAGUGAUCCCGUGUUCAAUGUUCUAGUGAUGGGAAUAGACGCCGUAUCGAGGCUAAACUUUCAUCGGACGAUGCCGAAGACGCUCAAGUAUUUAAAAGAAAACGGUGCGGUCGAACUAUUCGGGUAUAACAAGGUCGGUGAUAAUACGUUUCCUAAUCUCAUACCGAUGCUGCUGGGCAUCUCAGAAAAAGAACUCAAAACGACUUGCACGCCGAGAAAGAAGUCUACCUUCGACAAUUGCCCUUUCGUUUGGGAACAGUAUAGGGAAACCGGGUACUACACCGCUUUCGGUGAGGACACCUCGUGGCUCGGUACGUUUAAUUACGUCAAACCGGGAUUCCUCAGCGGACCUACGGAUUAUUACAUUCACACGUUUAUGAAUGAAGCGGAGGACAACGUCGGUACCGUGAAAGAUUUCAAUUCAUACCUGUGUAUGAAUGACAAAUAUUUUUAUCGAGUUCUCUUGGAUUACAUAAAUAAUCUAUUCGCUACCUUGAACCCCAAUAAAUUUUUCGGAUUCUUUUGGGAGGUGUCCAUGAGUCACGACUACUUAAAUUAUCCCAUGUUAAUUGACGAUCAGUACGAAACAUUUUUCAAAAAUCUAGAGGAAAAGAAGUAUCUCGCUGAAACUAUACUGCUGUUGGUCAGCGAUCACGGAAUUAGAUGGGGAGAUAUACGGCAAACGAAACAAGGCCGGCUAGAGGAACGACUGCCGUUCGUUUAUGUAUUAACCCCUUCGUUAUUCAGGACGCAGUAUAGUGAAGCUUACAAUCAUUUGAAAUUGAAUUCUAGAAGACUGACGACACCGUACGAUGUUCACGCGACGCUCGCCGACCUGAGCGAUAUCUCGAGAAUCGGCGAUAAAAACAUUACGCUGAGGAAAACACAGUUUUACAGUCACAACAGAGGAAUAAGUCUCUUUUUACCCAUUCCGAGUAAUCGAACUUGCGCGAUGGCGGACAUCGAGGAUCACUGGUGCACCUGCCACAGGAGCGUCCCCGUUGCGACCGACAGCGCGGAGGCGAUCGAAGCUGCGGGAAUGCUAACGAGAAAAAUUAAUUCGUUUCUUCAAAACUAUAAACAGUGUGCAAAAUUAAAAAAUAGUCGUGUAAUAGAGGUGAAUAAAGUAACAGGAGGAAGUCCGGACGGUGACUUGAAAGGCUGGCACGAAUACAUGGCGAUCAUCGAGACGUCACCUGGUAAUGGAGUAUUUGAGGCAACUUUGCGACGUUACAGCACGAAGUGGACUUUGCAGGGGUCCAUUAGCCGUCUCAAUCUAUACGGUGAACAGAGCCACUGUGUUAACGAUGCUAAACUUAAAUUAUAUUGUUUUUGUCAGUAGUUAUGCCUUACAGGAGAUUUUCAAGGAGUAAGUACAAGGUGGUUGCUAAUCUGUGAUAUUUAAUGAGUAUAAUGUAGAUACUUAAGUUAAGUACUAUCAGAGAAGUUGAUUCCUAGACAGA